AUGUCGCGAAACAUUUCAAUUACUACCAGCAUGCGACCCAAACUACUUGACAAGCUUUUCUUCCCGGGGACUCCAACUUCAUUCGGCUUACUUCACUUCGCCCAAAAGUAUAUUCCAAAGACCCCCAUACCUGCCACCAACACCAUCUGCCGAGAAACAUGGCUACGCGACACCGUCCUAAUUCCGAUUGAACGCAAAGCCGGUGCGGUUCAGACUCACUGUAGGCGGAUGUUGUUGAGAAGCCCUCAGUGCGGGGCACUACGCAACGAUCUGGGCGUGGCAGCCUUAGCAGCCUUUCAGAAUCGCACCGCCUUCCUCCCCACCUCUCGUAAGGGCACGCAAGAGAUCUCCAGAGGCACGAAACCAUUCAUUUGGUGGGAUAUCCUUGGGAGAAGUCCGAAAGCGUACCCAAAAUGUUUGAACACAACGAAUUGUAUCAACAAGGUCAUAUACUUAUAUACUAAGUAUCAAUGA